UUGAGUAACGAAUGAAGUAUACAAAUUUGUUCUUAGGUAGUAAGGACAGGUACCCAUAACGCAAAAAAUAGAGAUAUUCUGUGGUUAUUUUGUCUGUAAUAUUUACACGUUCAAUAAAUUGAAAGUUCUAUAAAAGUAUUGAAAUUAUAAGAUUCGAAUAUAAAAAAUAAGUCCGAAAUGUAAUGCAAAAUUAAGAGAAUACAUGCCACGAUUGCUUUCGCAGUGUGGUGACGACUACAUGUUCAAAUCAUAAUAAAAGCGAAAGUUGAGAAUGGCUGAUAAAGAACAGGUAAUCCAGGCACUUAGAGCAACACUUCUUUCAGUGAAAGGAGCUAUAACAAUAAAACAAUGCAACAGAGAUUAUAGGGAAUUGCAAGGGGAAUGGAUUCCUUUCAAGAAGUUAGGCUAUCCAACCCUCGAAAAAUUAUUCCAAGAUGUUCCCGGGUUUAAAAUAACUCAAGUGAAUGGAGAUUGGGUUGUUGAUGCUAUUGCAAGUCAGGAAACACAACACAUUGCUUCUAUGGUAGCACGUCAGAAGACAAACAAAAAGCAGAUAAUCAAAUUAAAUCAUACUAACCGCUUUCCAAAGAAGCAAGGAUCUUGGAGAAAGCCAACUCACACAUCUAAUUACACAUCGAGUUACAACAAUCAAUACUCAAACCAGUAUUACAGAGUAAAGACAACACCAUUCAAUAACAACAGUUACAAUGGAGGCAAGUAUUACAAGAACAACAAAUCAAUUGACUCAAAGAAUAGUUCAAUUAGUUCCAAAACAUCAACAAAAGGAAGUGAAAAUCAGGAUAAGCCUGUGCUAAAGAGUGUUAAUUCUUCAUCGCAGAUCAUUCAAAAGUCAAAUAUAAUAUCAGAUGAUUAUAAACAUUCCAUAAAAAAUGAGAAAGAGACUGAUUCAAAACCCAAUCGAAAGGUAUCUGCUUCCCAAAGGUUAUCAAAACUAUGUGACAGAUUGAGUACAGUUGACUUGAUACCGUUGCAGCUUCCAGCUCACAAUAAUUUAUUGGAUAGUACUGAUCCAGUGAGUGUUGCAUGUCCUCCGCCGAAAUUAGAGCCACCUCCAGAUUCAACAGCUGUGGAGAAAUUGGAAUGGACUUGUCGAAAGCUCGGUCUGCCCCCGCCGGUCUAUAAAGUUAAUGAUAUACGACCAAAACGAGGACCCGUUAGUUAUGCCUGUAAUAUCAAGGUGGGGACGUACCAUUCCAUGUCAUAUCCGGUGCUGUCGCCGUCAGAGGAGGCGGCCCGCGAGUUGGCUGCUGUGAAUCUUCUGGCGCAGGUUGAGAGUCUCGAAGCGGGUGGACUGGUGACGGCGAGUGCUGCGUCUGCUGUGGCCGGACUGACCGCGCUGGUCGCUGAACAUUCCGCCGGGUUACUGGCCAAACACGUUCCUCACCAGUACAGGGAAAAACAUGGAGAAAAUUUGCCAAACAAUUGGUUGGAGCUCAUAGAGAACUGUCCAUAUAUUUUAAAGGAUAGGGUGGCAAAUGACCUUCUAGUUCUCCUUCCUAAUAUCGAGGAACCUACUUCUCCGCGAGUAGAAAAUUUCCACCAGGAUAAUACUCUCGACACCGACCUACCGCCAUUGCAGUUCCCAGAGGAUGAUUUCUGGAAUGUUUUCAUUACUGUAGCAAACUCUACUUUAGAGGUCUGGCUCAGAAUUAUCGGACCACAAUACAGCGACGCUUUCGAAGUACUUCUAGUAGAUAUGGCAACUUAUUACGAACAUUCUGGAACUACUGUGGAUAAAUCCAUGAUAAUAUUAAAUGCUUGGUACGCAGUUAAUCUGAACGACGGUGGAUGGCAACGAGCGAAAAUAUUAGAAAUCGAAGACGAAACAGCGACCGUGUUCCUGGGAGACCACGGAGACGACGACACAGUUUAUUUUAAGAAUAUCAAGAUCUUAGAACCUCAGUUUAGGAAAUUACCGGCGCAGGCGAUCCUUUGUCGCUUGGAAGGUGCUGAGGAGUUGGCGGCGAGUGAGGCGGGCGCGACGCUGGUGAGGCGUCGUCUGCCCGGGGAGGUGUUGGUGGCGGCGCCCGGCCCCCGCCACGACCCCACCGACCCCUCGGUGGCCGUCGUCCUCUACGACACCUCCACACCCAGGGAUCUCAACCUUAACAAAGAGAUCGUACACGAUUUCGCCAUUUCCGGCGCGUUUACACUUACUCAGAAGCUGUGUGAGGUUGAGGUGGGUUGUGUGACGGAGGAGGGUCGCGUGUGGGUCUCUCGUGCGGGCGGGGCGGAGGCUGUCCGAGCAGCUCUGGCGCUGCUCACCUCCGGACCUUACCGCCGCCCGCUGCCGGCUGCACCACACGCUCCCCCCACGACACCUAACGCUCUAUAUAUCGUGCGCACUCUAGCUGGUGACUGGGUGCGUUGCAUCAUCAUCAGUGGUCUAGACGGUGAGGGCACGGUUCGCACUCAGCUGGUCGACAGCGGUCUGAUCCUCCGUGCUCCACUCUCUUCCCUUGUACCGCUUCAGGCCUUCUCACCCGCCCUCAAUGAGUACCCCUACCAGGCGAAGCAGGUCCGGCUGGGUCCGGCGGAGCGUGCGGCCGGCAGUAUGGUGUCCCGCUUGCGAGACAUGCUGCUGGGAGCGAGCGUGUUGUGCCGCGCGCUGCCCGCCUCCGCCCCCUCCCCCGGCUCCCCGCCCAACGUGGAGCUGUACGCGCGCUGGGGACCCCAACACAUGCUGGCCUCGGUCAACGACGGCAUACUCAUGGAGUACGAGCUGAUACAACUAGGAAAACUAGAAGAGAAAAAGGAGGGUGAUCCAACGAACCAUUUGGAAGCUUUGCACAGGAAGAAAGAGCGUAUCUUCGGUACGGGGUCUACGGGGGAUGGAGGGGGGGCAGCGGGCGGGGCGGAGGCUGUUCGGAACUCCUUGCCAUCGCCGCAGCUGCCCGCUAAAGGGACCUGCAUCGAUGUGUACGUCGCUAUGGCCGCCAACCCGUGGAACUUCGUGGUUCAGCCAAACGUCACCAGAAAAAUGCUACAAACAAUGAUGUCUUCAUUGCAAGUGGAAUGCCCAAAGCUGUCGGAAAGUGAUGCUCCUACGAGUCCCGUCAGUGGUGAACUGUACACGGCCUUCUACGAUAAAGACGACACGUGGUAUAGGGUAACUAUAGCCGGUUCUGUGUCCUCUGAGAUGGUGUCUGUGUAUUUCUGUGAUUUCGGUGAUCUGGCUUUGUUUGCGAACGAGUCGCUUCGUCCUGUGCCGGCCUCGGUGCCUCUAGCGCGAUCCUUGCCACCGCAGGCUAUCAAGGCUCGGCUUUACGAUGUAAAGCCUUUGCACCAGGACUGGACAGUGGAAGACUGUAUCAGAUUCCAGGAACUAUGUGUGGAGCAACAGUUUGUUGGUGUGUGUAAGGAUGUUGGCAAGGACCCUUUGAAUCCGACCGAGCCGCUGGUCACCCUCGACCUGAUAGAUACCUCCACUGAUGAAGACAUUUAUUUGAACAAGCAGUUGGUUGCUGAGGGAAGGGCUCGUUUAGCUUCCGUUUCCUCUACGAAAUAAUAUUCCUAUAUCCCAUGAUUCUUAAAUCCCAACAUGGAUUAUUUAAUAUCCUCCAUCCAUGUGUAGGGCUGUUGGGUGGUUAUAAAAUCAUAUAUGAUUGUAAUUUAUAACAUAAGAAGUGAUAUAUCCUUACAAGGUACUUGUUGCGUUAUUUAUGUUUACCAUUAUGAUUAUCGUUUUUACUGUUAAUUAAUUAUUAUAUUUUCUGUUAUUUUUUUCUAUGUAAUGUAAUCCUAUGUUAUGGCUUGGUGAACGAUUUUAAUACUCAAACUUUUGAGCUUCAAGCGUAUCUUGUUUCAAGCUAAAUGACUUGCUGAGGCUGUUAAAUAUAACCUGUACUAGAAAUAUGUCUUAUAUUUGAUGAACAUUUUUAUAUAGUUCAGUGUUUCUGCAUUUAUGGUCGACUUUUGUUUUUUUUAACCUUCUGCCAGAUUUGAAUGUUUUUUUUUAUAAAUAUCUAGAAGGUUAUUAUUCAUUUAAUAGUAACCUACCUUUUAUUUUCCAGAUGUUAAUGUAUUUGUUUCAUUAAAAAAUGUUUAAUCCUAAUUUGACUGUUAAUUACAUAAGUAACAAUCUCAAUUGUUAAGUCUUAUGUUCAUUGUGAUAUUGAAGUCAAAUCUAAGAAGACUUAAAUUUUAUUUAAAGACUUAUGUGACUUUGUUGUCUGUUUAAAGUAUGUAUUUAGAAAAAAACAAAACAAAAAACAAAAAGAAAAAAAAAAUAAAAAAAAUAUCUAUAAAACCCUAUAAAGACAAUUGUACUUAGUAUUAGACACAUUAUUCCAUUUAUAUUGCAAUAAAAUUUUAAACUAUAAAGCAUGUAAUAGCUGUACACUAAUCAUUAUAAUGGCAAUACAUAUUCCAAUAGUUUUAUUGUUCUAAUUGACUGGUUAGAACUUCUCUUAAUGUUUUCUUGUGCACGAUUACAAUAAAGAUGCUGUAUGUC